AUGUCUCUGCCAAACCAGACCACAGAAGGCCUUCCCCAGGAGGCCUUCAACAGAUCCCUGAAUGCUACAGGGGCUUGGGACCCCCAUGUCCUACAGGCGCUCAAAAUCUCCCUUGUGGUGGUCCUUUCCGCCAUCACGCUGGCCACUGUCCUCUCCAACACCUUUGUUCUCACCACCAUCUUACUCACCAAGAAGCUCCACACCCCGGCCAAUUAUCUCAUCGGCUCCUUGGCCACCACCGACCUCCUAGUCUCCAUCUUGGUUAUGCCCAUCAGCAUAGCCUACACCACCACCCGCACCUGGAACUUCGGCCAAAUCCUGUGUGACAUCUGGGUGUCUUCUGACGUCACAUGCUGCACGGCCUCCAUCCUGCAUCUCUGUGUCAUUGCUCUGGACAGGUACUGGGCCAUCACCGACGCCCUGGAGUACAGCAAACGCCGGACGGCAGGCCACGCAGCAGCCAUGAUCGCGGCAGUGUGGGCCAUCUCCAUCUGCAUCUCCAUCCCCCCACUGUUCUGGCGGCAGGCCACAGCUCAGGAGAUGUCCGACUGCCUGGUGAACACGUCUCAGAUCUCUUACACCAUCUACUCCACCUGUGGGGCCUUCUACAUCCCGUCCGUCCUGCUCAUCAUCCUGUACGGCCGCAUCUACGUGGCGGCCCGAAGCCGUAUCCUGAACCCUCCCUCUGUCUACGGGAAGCGCUUCACCACAGCACAGCUCAUCACAGGCUCUGCAGGUUCUUCACUCUGUUCGCUCAACCCCAGCCUCCACGAGAGCCACUCACAUACUGCCGGCUCCCCUAUCUUUUUCAACCAGGUGAAAAUCAAGCUUGCAGAUAGCAUCCUGGAACGCAAGAGGAUCUCUGCGGCUCGGGAAAGGAAAGCCACUAAGACCUUGGGCAUCAUUCUGGGGGCCUUUAUCAUCUGCUGGUUGCCUUUCUUCGUGGUGUCCCUGGUCCUCCCCAUCUGCAGGGACUCCUGUUGGAUCCACCCGGCCCUCUUUGACUUCUUCACUUGGCUAGGUUAUUUAAACUCCCUCAUCAAUCCCGUCAUCUACACUGUGUUCAAUGAAGACUUUCGACAAGCAUUUCAAAGAGUUGUCCAUUUCCGGAAGGCCCCCUAG